AUUUCGGUGACGUGUGUCAUGUCAUCGAUGUCAUCUUAGUUUAGUUUUUGCCGAUUCUUAUAAGCUGAAAAAAUGGAAUUAUUUAGAAUAUCGUCGUUAUUUGCUCUAUUUCUCAUACUAGACGUGACUUCAGCUUUAUAUUUCCACAUAGCAGAAGGCGAGAGAAAAUGUUUCAUAGAAGAAAUACCCGACGAUACUACUGUUAUAGUAAAUUACAAAGUGGAGUUAUAUGACCCAAGAUCGGGCGGUUUUAUGCCGUCGACUCCUGGUAUUGGCAUGCACGUUGAGGUGCGCGACCCCAACGACAAAAUAUUGAUGUCUCGAGUGUACUCGUCUGAAGGCAUGAUAUCGUUUACCUCGGUUACGCCAGGAGAGCACGUUAUCUGCAUGUACUCUAACAGCACCUCUUGGUUCAGCGGUUCACAACUUAGGGUGCACCUGGACAUUCAAGUAGGCGAGCAUGCUGUUGACUACGCUAAUGUGGCUCAUAAGGACAAGCUAACUGAACUGCAGCUCAGGAUCAGGCAGCUACUGGAUCAAGUACACCAGAUCACUAAGGAACAGAGCUAUCAAAGGCAUCGUGAGGAGCGCUUCAGACAGACUUCAGAGAGUACAAACCAGCGUGUGUUGUGGUGGAGUCUUCUCCAAACUGGUGUACUUGUGGGCAUCGGCUACUGGCAGAUGAGGCAUCUCAAGAGCUUCUUCGAAGCCAAGAAGCUAGUCUAAAAUAUGCAUAAUAUACAAUAAUAAGUUUAGUUGUCCUAUUGUUUUUAAUAUUCCCUAAAAGCACUGUGUAAUUUAUGGCCCUAAUUUGUUUUGUCAACUUUCUAUGUGAUCUGUAUUUUUCCAAUAAAAGUAAAUUAUACUGUGAAAAUA